AUGAAUGAUACCCACGAAACCCUGCUGCCUUCAUGCUUCGAUCACGUGCUUCUGCAAAGCGCCUUCGGAAGCGACCCACGGGUCCGUUUCGCCUUGCGAACCGAUGAGGCCGCGGCAGCUGUGCAGAAAAAAGGCAAGCUCUUCGAGCUGGUCCCCGCUACCACCAAGAACCACUCAUCCGCGCGCGAGCAGGGCCCCCCUGAGCGGCACCCGGACACACGAGCUGUCGUCGUCCACGCCACCUCCAUCACGUCUGGGCGGAAUGCGAGCUCGUCGCAGGACGGCAGCCGCAGCUCCACCGCCGCCACAGUCGCCUCCACCAUCACGCUGCGCUUCCACUUCCACACCCCCGCCGCCAACUGCACCACCCGCUGCCGCACCGGUGGCUGCGGCUGUGGCGGAGGCCGCAGCAGCAUCUGCACCGGCGGCGGUCGUGGCUGCGGCUGCGGCUGCGGCUGCGCGGAUCUGGGUAACGUUUCCUACAACGACCCUCCAGGCUGUGCUCCGCAGCAGCUGACACCCGUUGCCAGGUCGUUGGCUGCAGCGGCACACUUGGCGGUGGGCUUCGGUGUUCUGAAAAUGCGCUUUUACCUUGGCAAGCAUCUCUUCCGAAACGUGGGCUUCAGAAUGGGGCGGAGCGACCUGUCCAUCUCGGACCUUGAGGGUGCGAGUUCUGGUCGCGGCGCGUACCAGUCCGUGUUCAGCAACUACGUUCCCGCCUCCACCGUCCCGCGGGUCACUUCCUGGCUCACGGACGUGUUGGGCUUCUCCCUGACCGACACCAAGACCACCGCCACCCUGCACGUCAUCAACCAGGAGCUCAACGUGCACUACUCCAUUGCACUCACGAUGGAGGGAGGGAUGGACACAGCCGCCACGCUCCGGAAGGUGAAGGCCGGCGGCUCCCGGUUCCACUCCGUGGCGCUGCUGGCGGGCCCCGAGCAAUUGGACCUCCGACUGAAGUUCGUGGCGCGUUCUGCAAUGCGUGAGCAGCAGGGCCUAUCCUAUGACGUGGACGCGCACUCGACGGCUCGUCGCGUGGCGGCUGCCGUACGUACGGAGGGCUUCGACGGCUUCAUUCGCAGCAAGCGGGGCCUGCCCCGAAACCGGCACCUGGAGUACGGCCGGCGCAAAACCAAGUUCGUGUACGAGGGGUUCAUGCCACCAUCCGAGGGCGAGGGCGGCUGCGGCCAGCGGCUCCGAGUCAGCGUGACACAGGUGCAGGACGACAAGGGGAUGCACUACGAAAUUUCAGGCCGACUACCCGAUGUGGACGCGAAACUUAACCAGCUAUUGACACAGCAGCGGCCGCCAUCAGCGACAUCACCACCACAAUCACCACCGCCGCCAGCGACAUCAGUUGACGACUCGGGCUGCUUCGUGCCGGAGUGGCGCCGGCGCGGCGGCAGCAGCGGCGACGGACGCCCAGGCCCCGGCUCCACCUCCGUCUCUAGGUUGGUUGGCCACCAGGGCCUGCACAGCCACACCAGCAGCGGCGGCGGCUCUGCGUACCGCCGUACAAACACACCGGAGACCGGUGGCUACAGUCGUACAGACAUACAUACCGAUACUGGUGUAGGCUGGGCGGCAGACGUGCUCAUGAGCCUGUCGACAUUCACUACGCAGCUCAACCAUUACCUUGCGCCGGCAGCCGGUGCGAGUAAGCUGCGAGCUGGUUAG